CCAGCAGUCUUUUCUCUCCCAGUAAAUGGAGAUCACAGGGAGAAAUCCAGAUAUUCCCUCUCCCUGCACAAUACACUGGCUGUGAUAAAUAGAGCUAUAGCUGUGUGAGAUGCAAUGUGUGUGUGUGUGCAUUAGCAGAAAAGAAGGAAGUGCUUCCAGACCAUGCAUACCCCAGGCAGUGCUGGAGAGAGGGGUAGGGACAAGGGGAGUGACCACAUCACAUUCAUCAGACGCUAGCCUGAUGAUUCCACCAGUCCAACCCCCACCUACAAGGAAAACAAGAUUGCCAUUCUGCUGAAGGUCUAUUCCAGAAACCAAAAUUAAAACUUCAACCCUUUUUUUUUCUUCUUAUUCUCAAUUUCUUCAUCUGCAAUUGUUUCUUUUUUUUAUAUAAAAAAAAUAAGGAUCUGCAAGAAAAAAAAAAAACAUUCCAGAUUGUAGAGCAAGUGCCCUCCUUGCAUUACAGCAUGUGCAUAUAACUAUCUGCUUUGAAUCAUGAACUGAUGCCUUCACUUGAAGCGAUCGCUCAUUCAUCAGCUAACACAGCAAAUCGAUGUUACUAUCACCUAUUGGAAUCUUGUGCCAGGCAUCCAGGUUAAAUGAAUACCUGAAGAAAAAGGGCCUACAUUUCAAGGCAGUGACAUUUGAUAGCUGAGUGGAAAAGUGACUUUAAUGAAAAGCAACCCUUGGAAUUCCUGCUUGUGAAAAAUCCAAAAUCUGCUUUUUUUGUGUGCUGCCUGCAAGCAAUGAUCAGCAGCAGUGUCUAUGGCUUGAAGAUGCAGUGGACGCCGGAGCACGCACAGUGGCCGGAACAGCACUUUGAUAUAACUUCAACUACACGGUCCCCAGCUCAUAAAGUUGAAGCAUACCGUGGCCACUUGCAGCGUACAUACCAGUAUGCGUGGGCCAAUGAUGACAUCUCGGCCCUUACUGCAUCUAACCUGCUUAAGAAAUACGCAGAAAAGUAUUCUGGAAUCUUGGAUGGUUCCAUGGAGAGACCUAUAUUGGGUAAUUACACUGAAGCUCAAUCUGGCCUUGUCAGUGGUCGAAAAAAUGAAAGCGAACCUUGGCAGAGCUCUUUAAAUUCUGAAAGUGUUUAUCCUAUGAACUGUGUCACCGAUGUUAUUGCAGCUAGUAAAGCUGGGGUGGGAGCAGCUAUCCCACCAUCAGAUGUCUCUGCCAGCAUAGGCAGUUCCCCUGGAGUGGCAAGCAACCUGACGGAACCUAGUUAUUCUAGUAGUACAUGUGGUAGUCACACGGUACCCAGUAUUCAUUCAGGACUACCAUCUCAGGAAUAUGCCACAGGAUAUAAUGGUUCAUAUCUGCAUACCAGUUACAGCAGUCAAUCCACAACUGCACUUCCAUCUCCCCAUCCAUCCCCCCUUCACAGUUCUGGAGUUUUACAGCCCCCUCCACCACCUCCAGCCCUGGUGCCAGGUUACAAUGGGGGCUCAAAUCUUUCCAGUUACAAUUAUCCACCUGCUAGUUAUCCCCCUCAGUCCUCUGUUGGGUCUGGGUAUAGCCCUGGAGGUGCUCCUCCUCCCUCUGCUUACCUUCCUUCAGGCAUCCCUGCACCUACCCCUCUUCCCCCCACAACAGUACCAGGAUAUAGCUAUCAGAGUCAUGGUUUGACACCAAUCGCACCAUCUGCCCUCACCAACAGCUCAGCUAGUUCACUAAAACGAAAGGCUUUCUACAUGGCAGGGCAAGGAGAAAUAGACUCCAGUUAUGGAAAUUAUAGUUAUGGCCAACAGAGAAAUUGUCAUAGCCCAAUGUAUAGAAUGUCCGAUACAGGCAUUUCCAGUUCCAAUAGGGGAAAUGGUUUUGACAGAGGUUCUGAGACAUCUUUAGCCUUUAAGCCAACCAAGCAAUUAGUGGCAUCUGAUCAACAACGAAAAUUCAACAGUCAAUCCACAAGAGCUCUAACACCACCUUCUUACAGCAGUUCAAAGAAUUCAAGAUCAAGUGAAUCUUUUGGAAAGUACAACUCCACUGGAAUCAAUGAACACAGUGACGAGCAUAGACAGCUCCUUCCACACCCAUUACAAGGCCCUGGUCUUCAUACAGCUACCUCAUCCAACCACUCUGUGGACGAACAGCUGAAGAACACAGACACGCACCUCAUUGACCUUGUAACUAAUGAAAUAAUAAACCAGGGACAUCCAGUAGACUGGGAUGAAAUUGCUGGUCUUGAUUUAGUAAAGGCUUUCAUAAAAGAAGAGGUUUUAUGGCCUGUAAUCAGAUCUGAUGCCUUUAGUGGACUCACUGCCUUGCCUCGGAGCAUUCUUUUAUUUGGACCCAGAGGAACAGGCAAGACACUGUUGGGCAGAUGUAUAGCUAGUCAACUUGGUGCCACGUUUUUUAAAAUUUCUGGCUCAAAUCUUGUCACAAAGUGGAUAACAGAGGGGGAAAAAAUCGUCCAUGCAUCUUUUCUUGUGGCUAGGUGUCGACAACCAUCGGUGAUUUUUGUUAGUGACGUUGAUAUGCUCCUUUCAUCUCAUGUGAGUGAAGAACACAGUCCAAUAAGUCGGAUGAGAACAGAAUUUCUAAUGCAGAUAGACACUGUUCUUUCUUCUCCAGAGGACCAAAUAGUUGUUAUUUGUGCCACAAGUAAACCAGAAGAAAUAGAUGAAUCUCUAAGGAGAUAUUUCAUGAAGAGACUUUUAAUUCCACUUCCAGACAGCACAGCCAGACACCAGAUUAUUAUACAACUGCUCUCACAGCACAAUUACUGUCUCAAUGACAAAGAAGUUGCACUCCUAGUCCAGCGCACAGAAGGUUUUUCUGGACUGGAUGUCGCUCGCUUGUGUCAGGAAGCCGUGGUAGGUCCUCUCCAUGCCAUAGCUCCAUCAGAUCUUUCAGCCAUUAUGCCCAACCAGUUGAGGCCUGUGACAUAUCAAGACUUUGAAAAUGUAUUCUGCAAGAUUCAACCUAGCAUAUCUCAAAAAGAACUUGAUACAUAUAUUGAAUGGAACAAAAUGUUUGGUUGCAAUCAGUGAUAAUCCUCAAACAUUGGCACAUAAAACAUAAGGGACAUGGGGAACAGAGCUCCCUUUUUGGUAGUGUCCUAAUUAUAAAAGGUACUGAGGCAACCACGAUAACCUUGAAUCUGAAGGUAGACUUGAAAGAAACACGCAUCAGUUCUACAGAAUUAAAUCAUAUAUGACAAAGAACAUACAUUGGUGUUACGUUCCGUUCAAGCUAGUCAGCUCCCGAAAAAAGAAGCAGAA